GUUCCUGCCACAGCUCAGUGUGUCACUCAUGCUUACAUAUUGAUGGUUGUCAGACAGUGAGCUAGCUAACAGUAGCUGUCAACUUAUGUUGUGCUAUUUCUUCCAACUAGUACCGCUAGCUUUUAUCUGGAAAGGUCCAGAGAAGGUCCAGAGAAGGUCCACAUUGUCCGGUUGCGUUUUUGAACCGUUUAAGGUUUAACGAUAAAUGCUAAUCAUUGUAUCCGACGUGGCUGUAACGUUCUAGCUAAUGCACAUCAGCAGCUUCUCCUACAACCAGCCACUUCAUCCAAGUGAUGUCCAUAAGCUAAAGACCGGAGUGUUUUUACAUUUAGUUUUAUUUCAGUGAGGCUUUCAUUUCAUCCAUUUUGCAUUCAAGCGUCACAGUCUCACCUGGGCGAACAGAAGUUUCUCCCUGAAACACACAAUGUCCUGGUUUUGAUGUCACGGUACUGAAUCUGAAGCUCUUGCUACAGGAUACAUCUGCAGCUUUGAAAAUGAAACCCAUACUUCCCUGUGAGUGCAGAGUGGUUCAUUGCAGAUAUUAAAGCUUUAGACAACAUCAGAGCUUGUGAAUGAUGUUAAGGCCAUGUGUUUGGAACUGUCUACACCUAUUGUGUGGGUGGGAUCAGGUGCAUUAACUGCUUUGAAUAUCCUUGGGCAAAGUCCAUGGCACUACCUGUUAGUGGCACUGCUUUAGGUUACAGUGAUCACAGCCAUAUUAGCACUGAAGAACCACAAGGAAACAGAAGCAAUGUAUGGCAUUUAUCAAAAGACUGAUGUAAAUAUCCUGUGUGAAGUUAACAAAAAGGGCAGGUUUGGCUUAUCAAUGUUCCUCUUUGGGGUUGCACCUGCCAGACAUGAGUGACAAGUACAACACGACUGGACAAAAGGUGUCUCUACAUUGCAGGUGGAAGGACAAAGAAGAGCUGGGAAUUAAAGGUGUUCUGUAUUGAUGGUGGUGUGUGAUGAGGUUGUCACAACACAUGUAGGGAUUCAGUUGAUUAUAAUGUUUGAUCUGUUCAUCAUUCAGCUCAUCAUGCUGGAAAGGAAGCUGGCGCCACUUGUUCUCUUUGGCCUUGUUCUGGCGCUGUUGCCCUCUCACACAGUGACUGUAGCCGUCAUGUCCGUUGACCUGGGCAGUGAGUGGAUGAAAGUAGCGAUCGUGAAACCUGGUGUGCCGAUGGAGAUUGUUCUCAACAAGGAGUCGAGGAGGAAAACACCCACAACCGUAUGUCUGAAGGAAGAUGAAAGACUUUUGGGAGACAGUGCCCUGGGAGUGUCUGUGAAGAACCCCAAAACUGUUUAUAGACACCUCCAAGGCCUCCUGGGCAAAAAGCACGAUAACCUCCAGGUGGCGCUCUACCAGAAACGUUUUCCUGAGCACCAACUACUGGAAGACCCAGUGAGAGGCACAGUCUACUUUAAGAACUCAGAAAAAAUGCAGUUCACACCUGAGGAGCUCCUCGGGAUGCUGCUCAAUUAUUCUCGUGGACUUGCUCAGGACUUCGCAGAACAACCAAUCAAAGAUGCAGUGAUCACCGUCCCCGCCUUUUUUAACCAGGCAGAGCGCAGGGCAGUCCUGCAGUCUGCACGGAUGGGAGGUGUAAAGGUCCUUCAACUCAUCAACGACAACACAGCUGUGGCCUUGAACUAUGGGGUGUUCAGGAGGAAAGACAUUGACAACACUGUUAAGAAUGUGAUGUUUUAUGACAUGGGCUCAGGCAGCACAACGGCCACCAUCGUCACUUAUCAGACAGUCAAAACCAAGGAGGCUGGGACCCAGCCCCAGUUACAGAUCCGAGGAGUCGGGUUUGACCGUGGACUGGGGGGCUUUGAGAUGGACCUGCGUCUCCGGGACCACUUGGCCAAACUGUUCAACGAACAGAAGAAGAGCAAGAAGGAUGUGAGGGAGAACCACCGGGCCAUGGCCAAGCUUCUCAAAGAGGCUCAGAGGCUCAAGACAGUGCUCAGUGCAAAUGUGGAUUUUAUGGCCCAGGUGGAAGGUUUGCUGGAUGACAUUGACUUCAAAGCUAAGGUGACCCGGACUGAUUUUGAAGAGCUGUGUGCUGAUCUCUUUGAAAGAGUGCCGGGUCCGGUGCAGGAUGCUCUCUCCACCGCAGAAAUGAAGUUGGAUGAAAUUGAGCAGGUGAUUUUAGUAGGUGGCUCCACCCGUGUUCCCAAGGUUCAGGAAGUGCUGCUCAAAGCUGUGGAGAAGGAUGAGCUGGGGAAGAACAUCAAUGCAGACGAGGCAGCAGCCAUGGGCGCCGUGUACCAGGCCGCAGCCCUCAGCAAGGCCUUCAAGGUCAAACCUUUCCUGGUGCGAGACGCAGCGGUCUUCCCCAUCCAGGUGGAGUUCACACGAGAGACGGAGGAGGAAGAGGGGAUCAAGAGCCUUAAACACAACAAGCGCGUCCUCUUCCAGAGGAUGGCGCCCUACCCCCAGCGCAAGGUCAUCACAUUCAACCGCUACAAUGCUGACUUUGAUUUCUACAUCAACUACGGCGACCUCGGCUUCCUCAGUCAGGACGACCUCAGUGUGUUUGGCUCUUUGAACCUGACCACAGUCAAACUGUCUGGAGUAGGCGACAGCUUCCAGAAGCACACAGAUGCAGAGUCAAAAGGCAUCAAAGCCCAUUUCAACAUGGAUGAAAGUGGGGUGCUGCUGCUGGAUCGGGUCAGUCACACUCUACCAAACCUACAUCCUGCACUUUGCUCUCCUUCAGAACUGGGUAACACCAUUUCCACCUUGUUUGGAGGAGGAUCGUCAGAACCCGCCUCAAAUGUAACUGAACCUGUCCAGGACGAGGAGGAAGUGCUUCCAGAGUCUGGAAAGGACGGCAAGGAAGAGGACAGUAAGGAUGAGGUCGAGAAGGACGAGGCUGCCAAAGAGAAGCAGGAAGAUGAAGAGAAAAGUGCAGGUGAAGAGAAAAGUCAGCAGAAGACGGAGGAGGCAGGAAGCAAGACUGAUGCCAAGGAUGAGGAUGGAGAGAAAUCUGAGAAUGCUGAGGCAGAGAAGGAUGCAGAGAAAAAGGCAAAACCUCAAAAAAAGAGCAAGAUUGCUGAUGACAUCUUGGUGGAACUCGUCAUCAACGACAUCCUGAACCCCACGGCAGAUGAUGUCACUUCCUCUAAGAAGAAGCUGCAGGAUUUGACAGACAGAGACCUGGCCAAACAGGAAAGGGAAAAGUCACUGAACAGUCUGGAAGCGUUUAUCUUUGAGACACAGGAUAAGCUGUACCAAGAGGAUUACCAGCUGGUGGUGUCUGAGGAGGAGAAGGAGCAGCUCUCCUCCAAGCUGAGCGAGGCGUCGGAGUGGAUGGACGAGGAUGGCUACACAGCCACCACCAAGCAGCUAAGAGAGAAGUUGUCUCAGCUCAAAAGCCUGUGUAAGGACAUGUUUUUCAGGGUAGAGGAGCGACGCAAGUGGCCAGACCGCCUGGCCGCCCUGGACAGCAUGCUCAACACUUCCAGCUUCUUCUUGAGGAGCGCCAAACUGAUCCCAGAGGAUGACCAAAUCUUUACUGAAGUUGAGCUGAAUACGUUAGAAAAAGUGAUCAACGAAACAACGACAUGGAAGAAUGAGACGGUAGCAGAGCAGGAGAAAAUCUCUCCAAUAGAGCGGCCGAUCCUGUUGUCCAAAGACAUCGAGUCCAAGCUGACUCUUCUGGAUCGAGAGGUGAACUACUUACUCAACAAGGCCAAGUUUGCUAAGCCCAAAGCUAAAGCCAAACCCAAGAACGGCACCAGCUCUGAUAAAAGCAGCAAGGCCAACAACACAACAGCCGAGGAGAAAGUCAUCCCCCCUACAGAGGAGAGCACCGAUGCAAAGACGGAAAACCCAGAGGUGGUGCAGCUGGGUGAAGUCCCUCCCACUGAAGAGAGCACUGUACACACAGACUCUGACAGCCAAUCACAGCCCACAGAAGAAACCACAACUACAGGACCAACGGAGGAGGCCCAACCUGAAAACCACAUAGGCGAUGAAUUGUAACAGCUGGAACUGGAC